AUGGUCUUGCAAAAGCACCUUGGAUGGGUGGCAAUCACAUGCCUUCUAUUUACCCUGCUGAUGCUUUCAUUCACGAACGCACAAUCGACUCAGCUUGUCAUUACGGUGAAUCGAAUUACUCUUUUCAACGGUGAUGCUGUGACUAUUACGAGCAGUGAAUUACAAUCCACAUUGAAUGGAGUUCCAAGUCCUCCUCGAAUUAUAUACAAUGUUCUCUCCAUUGCUAACGGUCAAUUCCAAGUCAAUAACGGAAACAAUACAUACACUCCAGUCACACAAUUCACACAGAAUCAAGUCAAUUUGGGAUAUGUUCGUUUCGUUCAUGCCAAUAACUUGCAAAUUCCAUCCUACACUCUCAAUGCCUACGAUCCUGUAUUGGGCGUAACCAGUCCUGCCUCUCAAGCUGUGGUCACUUUCACUGCUUUCAACAGAGACGUUAUUGGUGCUCCACGUCCAGUGUUUGACGCAUCUGUUGAUGCAUCCACCCUUAUUGUCACACUCAGUAUUACCAUGUUUAAAUUGGGAGGUGUCUUCAACACUACUGACACAGGCAACUCGGUCAACUUUAAUAUUGGUUUGUCUUCGAAAUACACUUGUUUGAGCAAUGACUUGAUUCGAGAUGGAUUUGCAUUGGCCGCUUCUACUUCAUGGUACAACACUUAUCGAUUACGUCUUUCACUCAAUGAUUUCAUUGCCAAUCCAAACGUUCAAUGGGUCUCUAAUGGAGGUGUUGUUGACUUGGUUGCAGUCAUGUUUGCUGACUAUAUGGUUCACUUGACACAAGUACCAGGAUCUACCACUGUUCAAAAAUCGUGCUACGAAGUGAUCUUCACACAACGUUACAUCUUGACCUUAACACUUGCCAUUACAAGAAUCAACUUUGGAACUGAACAACCAAACAUUUUCAUGAAACCAAAGAGAAUCUUUGUCAAUGACUUGAACCGAUUGGAAAUUAGAAUGGAAGUCUGGACUACCGUUUCACAGAAUAUUACUUCAUGGUUCGUGACUGGUCCUCGUGUUUUCACAGUCACUGAUGCUCUCUUCACUGGAGUUGUGAAUGGAUCCUACUUUUACCAAAUCGUCAUGCAGUCAAAUGUCAUUUCGGGUGAAACCAACUUUUACGGAGACUACACUCUUUCAUUCCGAACCGUGGCACAAAACACUUACAGUAUUGCCUACACGUUGCAAUAUCUCGUACCAUAUCCACCAAUUCAAGAAGAAUUAAUAUUUAGCACAAGUGCUCAAACAUUUGGUGACGCUAGUUUCACAAAACCUCAAACUCAAUUCUCUCCAACAGACACUAUUUUCGUUCGAGUUGAAGCUCCAGGAAUUCCAGUGCUUAAUGGCCAAACAGUUAUUCCUUACAAUGUUAUUAUGUGUUGCUUUGCUUCAUUGCAAGCUAUUCCCGCAGUGGUUGACUGUAGAAAUUCUACUCGUGCUGAUUUCUCUGAUAAUAUUUUCGUGAUGGGACAGGCUGUCAGAGCAGGAGGAAUCAAUGCUCAAGUUGCCUUCUCAGCAAAUACCUCCUAUGGAUUUGAUUUUGGACUUCCUUUUGCCAUUCGUGAUGAUGUAGAGAGAUGUUUCUUGACGAUUGAAAGUUCGUACUCCAACAGAAAUAAUCUAAGAGCAUUGACAGACACUAAGGCUAGUGGUGUUCAAUCUCUCACUUACAGAGUUUUGGACAUUGUCAAGAGUGGAAAGAAGAAUGGACUUCCAAGUAGCGGUAACGGUCAGCAUGAUCAAGUAUCAUUUAUUUUGGUGGCACUCGAGUUGCUAUCCUUUAUUUUGGUUUGGUUUGGUGCAAUUUUGAUUUAA